GUCAAAGCUGCCAGCUGUUUACGUUUUGUAUGGUUCUUUUGCGAUCGUUUUUCUUAACUUUUAAUAUUAUUAUUUUUAUGGUAACGCUUUUAUUCUUAGAAUUUUUCCGUGAACAAUAAUUGUGGUAUCCCGCUAUAUUUUAAUGGAACCAUGUCAGAUGUCAAGAGGUGAAUUCUGUGUUUGUGUUUUAACGUGUUAGUGCGCUUUUAUAUUGUUUGGGAUUUGCGGCGAUAAAGAUAUUGGUAAACCUAAGUGGGAUGCCAAAGAUUUGGUCGGCGUCAAGUGUAUUCAAUUGAGACCGAGUGCGUAACAGUGCGGUGGUUGCGACCGAUGUGGUUGUGUGAGUGCUGACCGCUGAGACCAGUCGGUGUCAUGGUGGGGUCAUGGCGUGCGCUGGCAUUGCUGGCUACGCUGCAUAUUGCUGGCGCCAUCCCGGAGCCCUUGUAUCACAAUCAAUUCGCUGUGCACGUGCCCGGUGGGGCGGCGCAUGUAGACGACAUCGCUAGGAGGCAUGGCUUCUUCAAUCAUGGACAGAUUGGUUCACUGAAGCAUUACUAUUUACUGUCACAUCAUGAAAUCAAAAAGCGAUCGACGGAGCCAAGUCACGAACAUCAUCGAAAAUUAAAUGACGAACCGCAGGUCCGAUGGGUACAGCAACAGCGGGAACGGCGGAGAGUUAAACGUGAUUAUAAUCCGUAUGAUGGCGGUUUAUUCUCGUUAGCUCGGAGACCGACUCAUCGCACACAUCAUCGAGCACUCUCUUCUUUACCUUUCUUUCCUGAUCCGUUGUUCAAGGAAGAAUGGUAUUUGAAUGGUGGUGCUAAAGAUGGACUAGAUAUGAACGUUGCACCGGCGUGGCAGAAAGGUUAUACUGGAAAGGGAGUAGUAGUUUCUAUCCUUGAUGAUGGUAUACAAACAAAUCAUCCGGAUCUCGCGCAGAACUAUGAUCCAAACGCUUCAACGGAUAUAAAUGGUAAUGAUGAAGAUCCCAUGCCCCAAGACAACGGUGAUAAUAAACAUGGUACAAGAUGCGCUGGUGAAGUGGCCGCAGUCGCGUAUAAUCAAUAUUGCGGUGUGGGUAUUGCUUACAAUGCUAGUAUAGGUGGAGUCAGGAUGUUGGAUGGAGUAGUAAAUGAUGCAGUUGAAGCUCGGGCCUUAGGGCUCAACCCUGAUCACAUAGAUAUUUAUAGUGCUUCUUGGGGACCAGAAGAUGAUGGAAAAACUGUGGAUGGUCCUGGCCCGCUAGCAAGGAGGGCAUUCAUCUAUGGAGUAACCAGUGGCCGUAAUGGCAAGGGAUCUAUAUUCGUAUGGGCGUCAGGAAAUGGCGGUAGACAUACAGAUUCUUGUAAUUGCGAUGGUUACACAAAUAGUAUAUUUACGCUCUCAAUUUCUAGUGCGACUCAGGGUGGAUACAAACCCUGGUACUUAGAGGAAUGCUCAUCUACAUUAGCUACUACAUACAGUUCUGGCACUCCCGGCCAUGACAAAAGUGUGGCUACUGUUGAUAUGGAUGGAAGACUUAGACCUGAUCAUAUCUGCACUGUCGAACAUACGGGUACUUCAGCGUCUGCACCUUUAGCAGCCGGUAUAUGUGCACUAGCCUUAGAAGCUAAUCCAAACCUAACUUGGAGAGAUAUGCAAUAUUUAGUAGUGUUAACAUCCCGCCCAUUACCAUUAGAAAAAGAAAACGGAUGGAUUGUUAAUGGAGUCAAAAGGAAAGUUAGUCACAAAUUUGGUUACGGGUUGAUGGAUGCAGCUGAGAUGGUCAACUUGGCUGAACAAUGGGUAUCUGUACCGCCCCAGCAUAUUUGUAAAUCACAAGAGAAUAGUGAAGAUAAGCCUAUAGAAUCUUCUUUUGGUUACACAUUGUCAGUGUCAAUGGAUGUAACUGGAUGUAGGGAUACAGUAAAUGAAGUACGCUAUCUGGAACAUGUUCAAUGUAAAAUAUCUUUAAGGUUUUUCCCACGGGGAAAUCUACGUAUACUUUUAACUUCACCAAUGGGUACUGUUUCGACACUCUUAUUUGAAAGACCCCGAGAUGUUGUUAGUUCAAAUUUCGAUGAUUGGCCAUUCUUAAGCGUUCAUUUUUGGGGUGAACACGCUGAAGGUAGAUGGACUUUACAAAUUGUAAAUGGUGGCAAUAGACAUGUUAACCAGCCAGGUAUAUUAAAGAAAUGGCAAUUAAUAUUUUAUGGUACAUCUGUUGAUCCUAUAAGAUUGCGAUCUAAAGCUAGACCAUCGCCUGUAGCUCCGCAAUAUGCUUUCCCGACCGCUGCGGACGGUUAUGACUCAAUCGGUGACCCUUUUUACAACACUGACGCGUUUGCUAAUUACCAAAACUUUCCCUCUUUAUUUGCCGCUGGGUCAGAUCCCGAAAAAGCGGUAGCCCGUCUCGACGGACAUAAUGUCCCUUCACCGCAUGGGGAAAAUGUCCUCGCUGAUAGUAAUGACAAGCGCGUCAUGCACCAAUGUGAUCCCGAAUGCGAUUCUCAAGGAUGCUAUGGAAAAGGACCCAGUCAAUGUAUUGCUUGCAAACAUUAUCGUUUAGAUGACGCCUGUGUCUCCCGAUGCCCACCAAGAAGUUUUGCAAACCAAGGAGGCAUUUGUUGGUCAUGUCAUGAAACAUGUGAGACUUGCGUUGGUCCAGGGCAAGAUUCGUGUUUAACUUGUGCUCCAGCACAUUUAUUAGUAGCGGAUUUAGCUGUAUGCCUUCAACAGUGCCCUGAUGGAUAUUGGGAAGAUAGUGAGUCUUCAGUGUGCAGACCCUGUGCUGCACAUUGCGCGACGUGUUCUGAGCGAGCGGAUGCUUGCACUUCCUGUGAACAUCAUUUAGUACUCCAUGAUGGAACUUGUGUGGCUUCUUGUCCCCCAUCAUAUUAUGAAACUGAAGACUACAUGUGUGCCAAAUGUCAUUCAUCGUGCGUAACAUGCGAAGGACCUGGAGAAGUUCAAUGUGUGACAUGUCAUCCAUCAAGUUAUGCUUUGGAGGGACGUUGUUUAACAUCUUGCCCUAGUGGCUACUUUGCCGAUAAAAAGAGAAAAGAAUGUAUGAAAUGUCCAGUUGGCUGUGUUACAUGCACAAGUGCGUUCUGUCUCUCCUGUGAUACCAAUUGGGAGUUAAAUAAAAAAAAUAAGUGUGUGCCUUUGGGAUCGGAGCGGUGCAUUGUUGGAGAGUAUACCGAUGGACAAAGAUGUCACCAUUGUCACUCUGCUUGUGAAACGUGUUAUGACGAAGAUGAUUCGCAUUGUCUAACUUGUCCAUUCCCUAAUCUGCUUCAAGAUUAUAAAUGUGUAUCGGAGUGUACUCGCGGUUACUACGCCGAAGCAGGCAAGUGCGUGCGUUGCGUACAUGGAUGCGCUGACUGCGUAUCCCGACUCAAUUGCACCGCCUGUGCGGGCUCACUGCGAUUGCAGUCUGGUGCUUGUAGAACCUCCUGUGCUGAUGGGUUUUACGCGGACCGUGGCAUGUGCUCCAAAUGCUACCUAUCGUGUCGCACGUGCAUGGGUCCGCGUCGGGACCAGUGCGCCUCGUGCCCGCAAGGUUGGAGGCUUGCCGCAGGAGAAUGUCAUCCCGAGUGUCCCCAAGGUUUCUACCAAACUGUCGGCGGUUGCCGUCACUGUCACCACUACUGCCGCGAGUGCGACGGCUCCGGUCCGCUUCACUGCACCUCGUGUCCGCCACGCUUCAUGCUCGACGGUGGGCUGUGCAUGGAGUGCCUCGGCUCGCAGUACUACGACAAUAACAGUGGCACGUGCGGAGCGUGCGACUCGUCGUGCCGAACGUGUUCGGGUCCAGGCCAGUUCAGUUGCACUGGAUGCUCAAGGCCAUUGAGGCUAGACAGAUUAAACAAUCAAUGUGUGCCGUGUUGUUCGGGCGGCACGUCGACCAACACUUCAGCGGGCCCCGACUGUUGUCAUUGUCAUCCUGAUACAGGGGAUUGUAUAAAUUCGUCGGUGGCCGGCAAGAGACGAAUCGCGGAGUGGUCCGCCCUACACACCGCGCCGAACGCGCACGCCGCGCCCAGCGUCGCUGCAGUCACGCUUAGCGUAUGCGCAGUCGCUGUGGGGCUAUUUUUAACAGUACUUGUAGUUUUACAGAUGCGUAGCCCUCGCGAGCAACGAACACGUUCGCGAGGCGCCAGAGACAUCCUCUACUCGCCGCUCGCGUGUAAUGACGACGGCGAGGUCGCCGUACUGAACACUCGCACCGCCUUCCCCGUACGAGAGAACGGCGAACGAACAAUCAAACACGUGGAAAAGGAACCGCUUCUCGAACAUUCUAUAUAGCGCGCGCUGUGAUCGUAGACGUAAGUGUACGUACCUGUAACGUGUGCGACGGUGCAAUUGAUGCCGUUUGUGAUUUUAACGUUACGUAAGUUUAAUUAGUGAUACGCGGUCACAACUUCCUAAUUAUCGAAAUUAUGAUUCGAACGACGUUUCGGUAACGGAAAAUUGUUACUUUGAAAUUUCUUUUCUAAUGUGACUGUACAAUUGUGUUCGAGAGUUAUGGCAUUUGUUUUACAACGAUUUUGGACACACAUUUCUAGAAAAUUGUAUACAUAGAAACGUAAAUUUUUUAUUCCAAUAUAUUUUUGGCAAUGCGAUCCUUGGGUCGCGCGAAGUUAAUACGAGUCGUAAUUGUACGUAUGUAAUAUAGUUAGAAUGUAAAUUGUAAGUUUGAACAAAUUGUUCUUGUUACGAUGGGGGUCGGCUGCCUCUGAGCAGCUCUUUGUAUUGUGAUAUGGAACCAUAAUUCUAACAUUUAGUUAGCCGAUUUGUUGUUACGCAAUUAAAAUUAGAAUAUCUCCGUCUUAAAUGAUUAUAUCUAAAAAUCUUAUAAUUUAUUUAUUGAUAUUUUUAUUCGAACCAUGCCUGUGGAGUGUUUUACCUCCUGUCUGUCUCUCUCUCUCUCUUAUACUCUCUAUUUCUCUCUCGUUCUCGAAUUUAUUUUGGUUCAAUAAUAUUAUUUUCAAUAAAUAAGUUAUAAGCAAAUACGACUUAAUAAUACAUAAUAUUUGGUAAAUGUGUCCGUUUUCUGUAUACGGUCAUAACGAAAUACACAAUUAUUAGGCAACUGGCAUCUUAGUGAUUUAGAAUCAAUAGCCGUCCAGUAAACCUCUGCAGAACUUGAGCUUUGGACAUGAAAUCAAUAGGACCACGUGACCGGAAUCAACGUGCUCAUGUCGUUGAACUAUGGUAUUUGCGUCAAAUUUGAACGUGU